CCUCCGCACGCUCCGCUGCCUGCCGGCGCCUUAUUUAUUUAAGGUCUGAGUAAGAGCCGCGGUGGGGAGCGCGCUUCUGGCCGGGCCGCCGACGGGGUCCCGAUCUGCCGGCUCCGAGCAGCCUCUGCCGCCUGCAGAGCGGAAUGGGCGCGGUUUGAUGUCGCCGUCUGCCCUGCGUGGUUUCUCGCCAUGGCCGAUACAAUCUUUGGCAACGGGAACGACCAGUGGGUCUGCCCCAAUGACAGGCAGCUAGCCUUGCGGGCCAAGCUUCAGACGGGCUGGUCGGUGCACACGUUCCAAAGCAACCGGCAGAGGAAGACGCAGGCGCUGAACGCCAAGGAGAUGGAAGUCAUCCUAGAAGUCGUCCGCCGGGCGGAGAAACUGGACGUUGUUGAACAGCAGAGGAUUGGGCGCCUGGUGGAGCGACUGGAGAACAUGCGGAAGAAUGUGAUGGGCAAUGGCUUAUCUCAGUGCCUGCUCUGCGGAGAGGCUCUGGGGCUGCUGGGGAGCACGGCCGUCUUUUGCCAAGACUGCAAAAAGAAAGUCUGCACCAAAUGUGGGAUUGAAACCCUGAGCGCCCAGAAGCGGCCCGUCUGGUUCUGCAAGAUUUGCAGUGAGCAGAGAGAGGUUUGGAAGCGGUCCGGCGCCUGGUUCUACAAGGGCCUCCCCAAGUACAUCUUGCCUUUGAAAAGCGGUGGCGGCAAAGCCAGUGAGCAGACCCCGCGACCUCGUCACCUGGAGCCACCAGCGAUGGACCUCAAGGGGGUCUCCCCCCGACAUUCCUUCACCUGGGCCAGAGGAAGAGUGGUCUCUAGUGAUAGUGACAGCGACUCUGAGUUCAGCUCGUCGAGUCUGGAUGACCGGUCUUUGCUCGCAGGAUCGAAGGGUUUCAAGAUCAGACAACACCGAGCGGAAUCUGUGUCCAGCAGCGAAGUGGCCCGGACCCCCACCAGGACCCCCAGCCGUGCCUUGGGGAGCAUUUUGUCGGAGAGCCAGAGCAGCCUCUGCAGCGAGAGGGGAGGAGCCUUGAGCGCUACGGAGAGCUGCCACAGCGACCUCCCGGCUGAAGACGAAGACAGCGAUGCCGGCCGUGGCGUCUCUGGGAAAAGACGCCUUCUGUCCAGCCCGCGGCGUUGAUGGGGGCCCAGCUCCUUCCUGAGAGGUUUCCUCUACACCGACCCGCUGCCCAGAAGCCGGGCUGGACUGUGCGACCCGGGACUUUUGGGGCGGGUGGGGAACCAAAGACACACGCCAGCCUUACAGACCUGAGCUUGCCACUGUGCCGAAGGUGAUGUGACUGUGGCUUUUCUCCUCCUGUUUUGUUUUGCUCCUCUUGCUGAUAGAUGAAGAACCGGCGCAGUCGAGGAACAACCUUUUCUGCAGGAGACCCCUGCAAAGAAACCAAGAGAACUCCUUUGACCAACUCUCUCCUUUGGCCCUUUCGGAAUUGGGGUUCCCUGCAAUUUUGACUGCAUGUACUGAGAUGCUGACUAGGACGGCUUUCUCUUGGAAAGAGGGUCCUUCUGUUGAGUGGUUAGGGAGAAGGAGGAGCUGUGUGGUGUGGCUGCAACGCUUAGCUCUUUGCACAGGCCUAAAAAUAUUUUGCAUCCUGGGAAAGGCAGUGAGUAUCAGUCCCUGGUGGAGAAUGGGCAUCGCACUGGGUCUAGGAUUUAGGAUGGACGGACGGCAGCCAGGUUAGUGGCUGGUAGACCCUUUUUAAAUUAAAUGCCACUGCAGCCAUAGCUGGAGGGGGAGGAACUGUGCCAUGUGGCAAACUGAGUUGCCUGAUUCUGAGCUGAUUCAUCCCGCCUUCCGCCCAAUCACUGGGAGGCUUUUAGGACAGCAGUUUGGAAAGGAGAAAGAGGAUUGGCUGCAAGUGAAGUGGGAGUCCCUUGUGUCUCACUUGCCCCCUUCUCCCCAUGGGGAAUGCCUUCUCAAUUAAGCGUGUUGCAAUUGGGAUCUGCAACUGGAAGCUCUUAAGGCAAAAUCCAGCCCCUUAAGGAAUUCCGUCACAAUCAUUACAGCUCGUUUGGGGUUGGGAGGAUCCGUCCCUGACGAAAAGUGUCCCUCUUGGCUUCCCCUCUCUCUUUGCAAAAUUCCUUGUUUGGCCUGUAUGUUGCACACAAUGUGUUCCGCUCAUGUGGGAGGCUGUUUUUUUAAUAAAAUAAAAUAAAAUUCCAAAUGUGCUGUU